UUCGACCCGAAUGUGUACUUGUCUAGUGAUUUUGGAGUUUGCAAAGCCUCGGAGGUAUUGUGUCUAGUAAGCGAAAAAUCGCAAUCUGGAUGCAUCUGUUUAUUAGCUUGUGGCCAGCCAUCACAAGGAAUUGCUAAAAAGAGCCAAGGAUAUCGACCAGUUACGCGAUAUACUGCAAACCAGGGAGUCGAAAAUCACCAAUGUGUCUCUCACACAAAGUCACCGCCCCCCUUUACAGCUCUUCAAACGCAAAUCGAACAACUUCGUCGACUUCAAAGCAGUUGUGACUUGCUUCGGAAAAUUUCCCGAGCCGCCCUUCGCACCAAACGCAUUCAGUCCAGACUGAUGGAUCUAUCCAAGUCCUCCGUCUAUGUGAAGGAACUGGAGCACUGUUCUCGAGUGUCCAUUUGGAGGUUAUUCGCACACUCGAGUCAUAGAAAAGGUUCAUUCAGCAAGUCGAGAUGA